CGGUGAAGGAAGUGGGACGCAGCAGCAGCAGCAGCAGCAGCAGCGCGUAGCAGCCUCUCUGUCCAUUACGCACCGCAGCCGUGUGGUUUAGUGGCAGCUGGACUCGGACACUCACAAGUUGCGGUCCCGCUUCUCUCUCGCUCUCUCUCUCGCCACCAACUUUGUCGGCGUAGCCCCCGCUCCGCUCCGCUGCAGCCGGGUCGCACGAAGGAGCCGUCCCCGCGUUUCCGUGCGCGUCUCCCGCUUCUCGUUGCAGCCGAUCGAACGCCCGGUGAAGAUGGUGAUCAUCAUCGCGGAGUUCUUCGUGGUCAUCCUGAAGGUGCUCUGGGCCUUUGUGACCGCCGGGGCGAAGUGGGUCGUGCGGCCCAAGGAGAAGAGCGUGACCGGACAGGUGUGCGUGAUUACCGGGGCUGGAGGCGGUCUCGGGCGGCUCUUUGCCAAGGAGUUCGCCCGCAGACGAGCCAUCCUGGUGUUGUGGGACAUAAACAGCCAAAGCAACGAGGAGACUGCGGAGAUGGUGCGACAGAUUUACCAUGAACUUGACACUCCGGUAACCCAAGACGGACCUGUCGGAGGGGUGGAGGAAGUGCCUCCUUGCCAGCCACAGGUCUACACCUACGUGUGCGACGUCGGGAAGCGGGAGAGCGUGUAUUCCACCGCUGAGAAGGUGCGUCGCGAGGUGGGAGAGGUGGACAUACUGAUAAACAACGCCGGCGUGGUGUCCGGCCACCACCUGCUGGAGUGCCCCGACGAGCUGAUCGAGCGCACCAUGGUGGUCAACUGCCACGCGCACUUCUGGACCACCAAGGCGUUUCUCCCCAAGAUGCUGGAGCUGAAUCACGGUCACAUUGUAACUGUUGCCAGCUCCCUGGGUUUAUUCAGCACAGCUGGAGUGGAGGAUUACUGCGCCAGCAAGUUCGGUGCCAUCGGGUUCCACGAGUCUCUGAGCCACGAGCUGAAGGCCUCCGAGAAGGACGGCAUCAACAUGACCCUGGUGUGUCCUUACCUCGUGGACACGGGCAUGUUCAAAGGCUGCAGGAUAAGGAAGGAGAUCGAGCCGUUUCUGCCUCCCUUGAAGCCAGAGUUCUGUGUGAAACAGGCCAUGAGAGCCAUUCUCACCGACCAGCCCAUGAUCUGUACGCCUCGCAUCGUCUAUAUGGUCAACUUCAUGAAAAGCAUCCUCCCCUUCGAGGCCAUCGUGUGCAUGUACCGGUUCCUGGGGGCAGACAAGUGCAUGUACCCCUUCCUAGCUCAGCGAAAGGAGGCCAUGAACAACAACGAGGCAAAGAACGGGAUCUAGGGGGCGCUGUUUGCACCGUCAGCGGAGGUACAUGAACCUGCAGGAGCGACUAAACCACUGAGAGCCAACACGGAGGAAGGAAAACGGGACUGAUUCUAGACUGGUGCACUUGCAUUGAGCAAAUGCAAAGGUUUACCAUAUUGUUCCUCUGGGACAAGGAAAGCUGUGUACUACACAAAGGAUUUAUUUGACUUUUUGUUUGUGUGUUUUUUUUUUUUAAGUUUGUUAAAUAAAAACAUCUAUAUACUGUGUCACUAGUUUUGAAAUCAUACAGAAAAGGUAUCAAUUAAUUCUAUUUACAUAAUGUAGUCACCAGCCUUAGUGUCAUUGUGAAAAUAUACAGUAUGUUACUGUACAAACAGUAAAACUAUUCUUCCACUUUUGUUUUUGUAGACAUGCACUGUAAUUUCAGAUUCUUCUCUCUACUGCCAGCGUUCUGUGUAGAAAGGUUCAACUCAUCUUAAACCAAGCGUCUCCCACACUCAGGACAUUGGUCUGCAGUUUAACAUGGACAUUUAAAAAAGAAUAAUAAAGGAAGGUAAUGUUACCACAUACUUGUUAAUAACGACGUCUUUAUGGGACCGUCUAUUUCCAGCUGAAUGUCCCUUAAUGGUCCCGUUUCGUUGGACCUGCAUUGACCAGGUCUACAGUGAAUGUGAGUGAAUGGGCCAAUGUCCUGGGUUCAACCAGCAUUCGUAUCACAGUCCGAACGCUCCGCUUUGGGAGAAAAAGGGGGAAUGAGUUUUUGUCUCUCUUUUGUUUUAAAAUUGGUGAUGUUCAUGUUCUGCUUUGUUUGAAAACCAGAGAAAAGCUGUAACUGCAGGUGAACAACCAUCACAAGACUGUCGGGUUGGUUUGUUUAAAGGAAACACUAUUUUUCUUUUUUCUUUUCUUUUAAUUUCUUUUCUUUCCAAAGUCACUUAAAUUCUGGCGUCCAGUUAAAGUGAGAUGUAAGCGUUUAAAUGUUGUGAAUGCGCCAGGAUCCCAAAACAACUCUCCACUUUGUUCUCUGAAUAUUUUCUAAACCUACAUUCCUACAGGCGUCGUUCCUUCAGCCACAGCGAUGAGCCUAAAUUCUCUACCUCUUCAUUUUUGCCUUUUUUAUUUGACAGUAUAACAUAAGCCUCUUUUUUUCUGAAGACCGCUCCAUGGCAGAGCAGAUAUGUUUCCAGUGUUUAGUGUGUCUACCUAACUUAAAUUAAUAAAGUGAUUUAGAUUAUUA